AUGGCGAACAGGAGAUUCCACCCACCAUCGACCACAGCGACGAUGGACGCCUCACGGCAAUGUAUGCGCUCAUCGAGAGCUCUAGCGAAGACGUUCAGUACACCCACAUGUCGCGAAGUCACGCUCCCGGCAUUCCUGGUGCCAGCAUUCGCGCAAGGACAGCAAACAUCCCGAUUCUCGACAUCCUCCCAAUGCCAGUCAAAGAUAGGCAUCAAGGCUCUCGCCUUCCCACCAGAAGUGAAGUUCACCGUCACAGCACCCCCGCCGCAACGAAGCAAUGCGCGUGCCAGCAGAACGCAGGAGCAGACUAGGGUCGAUAUUGAAGGGCCAUUGGGGAGGAUGAGCAUGACUAUACCGCCAUACAUGUCUAUUACGGUCAAUGAGAAUGGGACACGGCAAUUGCACAUACGGGAUAAAGAGGAUAAGAAGCAGAAGGCUAUGUGGGGCACAACACGUGCAUACCUCCAAAACCACAUUCUCGGUGUCUCAGAAGGGCACGCCGCCAUCCUACGACUUGUCGGUGUCGGUUACCGAGCAUCGAUUGAGGAGAAAGAGGAAGCAAUUGUUGGCUCAAAGACGGUCAAGCGGGAGUUUCCGGGCCAGAAGCUUGUGUCUCUAAAGGUGGGAUACUCACAUCCGAUCGAGCUAUUGGUGCCUGAGGGUUUGAAAGCGAGCACGCCUCAGCCGACGAGAAUACUGUUGGAGGGCGUGGAGAAAGAGGUGGUCAAGCAGUUCGCGGCAGAGAUCAGAGCAUGGAGAGUGCCGGAGCCGUACAAGGGCAAGGGUAUCUUUGUUAAUGAUGAGACGAUUAGAUUGAAGGCGAAGAAGAUCAAGUAG